AUGAACAAGAAACUCACUGUUAUCCUGCUGUUUCUGCAUUAUCAUGCGCUGGCUACUACUGCUGCUGCUUUGGACCAAGGAAGCAACAACGCCUGCAGUUGGCCGUGUCCCAACGAGUCGGAUGUCUGUCAACUAGCAAAGCCAGGCCAAAUGAGUUGCCAGCCUCUCCAUAAUCGACAAUGGAUUAUACCCUAUUCUCAAGGCCAACCUGUAUUCUACGUCAAAGAUCAGUCAUCUCUGUCUGGUUUAUAUCAAUCGUGUGAACUCGCGCCAUCAUUGUCACCAUCAACACUACAACCGACCAGCGAAAGCAACCAUAACAGUAAUAACCAUCACUACAACAACAACGACCGUGACCAAGCAUUAGAACCAGGCACUUGUGCACCGGGUCUCUCGUGUAUCCAAGGUCAAUGCCAUCGAUCAUCCUCGACACCUCCCCAUUAUUUUGAACGUCGCGAAAAUGGGAACACUUUUAGCACGUCCUCACACCAUACUACUGCAUUCAAUGUGAUCCACGUUAUUGCUGCCGUUGUUGGUAUUCUCGGUGCUGCUCUUGUCGGUGUCACGGUGUUUGUCAUGUGUCGCCGUCGUCGAAGGAAACAAGCGAAGAAGCGCCAUCUUAGUGCUACAAAGCAACAGCUACAGCACACAACAUCUACUUCAUCGUCUUCGUCGUCUGCGUCAUCUUCCCCAUCUACUACUACGCCUCCGUCACCCACAACGCACAAGUCAAUGCACCGUUUCAAUCAGUUCGCCCAAGCAUAUGAAGACAACAGUAAUAGCGAAGUAGGGGUGGCUGUGCCACCACACGUUCAUCAAUCCAAAACGGGCUACGCUGAUCAGGAAUUCAGUAGUCCGUCUAUGCAACAAAUGCACUUACAUACUCAACUUUUAUAUCAAGCUGGCGUGCAGAGAGGUAAUCUUCACCAGCACCAACAUCCACAGCUCCAGCAUCACCACCAACAUUCACAACACCAACAACAGUCAUCAUCCUCAGCAUUGUUACCGCCUCCACCUCCCUACCAGCCGUAA